AAGGAAUGGUCCACGGCACUCACGACUCACCCGCCACAUCUAAUCUAUAUCGCCCACUCGUCAGCCAGAGUCAGCUCCUUAACCGCCGUGCAAACCUUCCACGCGCACCAUUCCCACCGAGGCACCGACCCCGCUCGCGGCAUGGACGCCACAGCGCCGUCGCGGCGCCAGCGGCCCGCGGAGAAUUCCAGCGGCGCCAAGAUGGCCGAGCUGGACGCGCCGCUGCACGCCAUCGGCUUCGAGAUCGGGGAGCUCUCCCCUUCGCGGCUCACCGGCCGCCUCCCCGUCACGCCCACCUGCUGCCAGCCGUUCAAGGUGCUCCACGGCGGCGUGUCGGCGCUGGUGGCGGAGGGGCUGGCGAGCAUGGGCGCGCACAUGGCGUCGGGCUACGGACGCAUCGCGGGCGUGCAGCUCAGCAUCAACCACUUCCGGAGCGCCGCCGUCGGCGACACCGUCCUCGCGCAGGCCGUUCCCGUCCAUGUCGGCCGCUCCACCCAGGUGUGGGAGGUAAAACUCUGGAAGAUGGAUCCAUCCACACGAGAGAAGGGCCCUCAGAUCGCCGAAGCCAGAGUCACGUUGCUGUGUAACCUGCCGUUGACGGAGGAGCUCAAGAACGCAGGAGAUGCUCUCAGGAAAUACUCAAAACUGUGAAGAAAACUCAAACGGACAGCAUUCUCGUGGUGUAUGACGGAUUUAAUUAUGUAAAAGUAGUGGCCAUACUCUCAGGAAAUACUCAAAACUGUGAAGAAAACUCAAACGGACAGCAUUCUCGUGGUGUAUGACAGAUUUUUCUGAGAAACAUCAACGAGUUUUUUAAUCUCUCUUUGUUGUA